AUUCAUUCCCUCUGCAACAGCAGCAUCAGCCUUACAUUCUUGCUCCGAGACUUAAGACUCGGGAAGAUCUCCUGGCAUAAUGGUCUACUACUUCACCUCAAAUGUGGUUCAACCUUCGGCCUUUAUCUAUGUUGGGAAGGAUAAAUUCGAAAAUGAGGACUUAAUCAAGUUUGGCUUAGAGAAAGAUGUCUGGUUCCAUGUCGAUAAUUUGUCCAGUGCACAUGUGUACCUCCGCCUUCAUGAUGGGGAGAAUUGGGACCAAAUUCCGCAGGCGCUGCUAGAAGAUUGUGCUCAGCUAACGAAGGCGAAUUCAAUCGAAGGAAACAAAAAGGACAACAUUACCGUGAUAUAUACGCCCUGGUCAAACCUGAUGAAGGAUGGAUCUAUGGCAGCUGGCCAGGUCUCGUUUCAUAAUCAAAAACUGGUCCGCAAGGUUUUUGUCCGACAGCGAGAAAAUCCCAUCGUCAAUCGUCUGAACAAAACCCGUGUUGAAAAAUUUCCCGAUCUCAAAGCCGAGAAAGAUGACUUCAUGAAACAGAAGAACAAGGAGGAACGCAAGGCACGAGAGGAGCAACGCACGAGGGAUAAACAGGAGCGGAGGGAACGAGACCAGUUGAAAUGGCAGAAGGAGCAUGCCUAUGAUGACCUCAUGAGCGAGGAGAAAAUCCAAGCAAGCAGCAAUCAAGACCGGGACUCCGACUUCUAUGAUGACUUCAUGUGAAGCAGCACGCAUGCGGUGGAAAAUGAGGUUGUCUCUGGUGAUUAAUCCUAGCAUGUCGCAUGCUAUGAACGCGUCGAAAGCAAUAUCGCACAUUACUCAUGACGAUGCAUUCGCCCGUAAUGUAUCAGCAGCAGAUGGACACUGGACCUUGUCGCGUGGUCGCAAAGCUCCACAGCAAAUGGCUUGGAAGCAUAGGGCCCAAAAUCGCAUGUAUACGCAUGGUUCAAUAUCAUUGAUUACGGAUACAGAGCUACGAUGCUGGUUCUUGGCCACAACUCAUAUUGGCUUAACUCCUUGUCGCUAUCCCGCAAAAUAUAGCGGGGCAGCGUUGAAUUGCUGAACUUGAAAAUGGACCACUAAAUUGUGGUUGCAAGCUGUAAUUGGAUAUAGACUCAAUAUCAGUUAGGCAGUCUAUGGAAAUGGGCGUCAAUACAGC